AUGGCCGGGGUUGAUCCAUGGCGGCGGGGAUUUGAACGCGGGGCAGCAAUAUUGCAGAGAGAUUGCCCCACAAGAUUCUACAAGGAAGGGAUCCCGGAGCCACGUGGGUCACAGAUCAACUCGCAUCCUUACUGGAAGCACGUGCAGUACCGGCGUAAGGUGGAGGAUGAACUCACCACCGUCUUCACGAAGUUUAGGGAGAUAUGUGACGCUGUGAUAGAGGAGGAUACGAAGGAGGUCUUGCGGCUGCCGUCCUUCAACAACUGGGCUUGGGAGGACUGGGAAAUCCUUUUGCUCCUGCAACAUAUGUACAAUGACCUCGGCCUCACGACUCACUUUGGCAUUGAGAAGGAAGUCCUCCGCAACUUCCUCUGUCGGGUUUACUACUGCUACAACGAGGUGCCCUUCCAUAACUUUCAGCACGCCUUCUGUGUCACGCAGAUGAUGUACGGGAUGGUGUGGAAGUGUGACCUCAUAAACAGAAUCGGUCUCCUGGAUGUUCUCAUUCUUUUAACGUCGUGUAUUUGCCACGACUUGGACCAUCCUGGAUUCAAUAACAUAUAUCAGAUCAAUGCCAAGACUGAGUUGGCACUGCGGUAUAACGACAUAUCGCCUUUGGAGAACCAUCACUGCUCGAUCGCCUUCACCGUCUUGGAGAGGGAGGACUGCAACAUUUUCAGGAACGUGUCGGCAGAUGACUACAAGAAGAUUCGAGAAGGCAUCAUCCGGUGCAUCCUAGCGACGGACAUGGCGAGGCACAACGAGAUCUUGUCGGACUUCAGAGAAAUUACUCCCGAGUUCGACUUCAAUGAGAGAUCUCACAUUAAUCAGCUGUCAAUGGUUCUAAUAAAAGUGGCCGAUAUUAGCAACGAGGCGCGACCCCUUGACAUUGCAGAACCGUGGCUCGAAUGUCUUCUGGAGGAAUUCUUCAACCAGAGUGACCUUGAGAAACUGGAAGGCCUCCCGGUCACGCCCUUCAUGGACCGGGAGAAAGUGACGAAGCCCUCGUCCCAGUGUGCGUUCAUCGGCUUCGUUCUACUGCCGUUGUUCGAAGCCCUGGGGAAGGUGCUGCCAGAGCUGGAGGACCUCAUCAUCAGCCCCGUUAAGUACGCUCUCGAGCAUUAUCGGAAGCUCAACGAGGCAACCAAGAAACUGUCCGACGACGCCGACGCCGUCGAAGAAGUGGAGGAGGAGGAGGUGGUCGUGCCCGAGAGACCCACCAGCCAGCUGUCUCAAGAGAACAUAAAGAAGGUCGUACAAAAGACAGAGAGCUCCUUGAGUCUAAAGAGCCGAGCUUCAUCCCGAGCUUCCUUUUACCGCGCGAGCACCGUCGACUGCGGCGAAAUCGACCUGGAGGACGUCGACCUGACGGAGACAGAGGUCGACGUAAGCGAGAGGACGUCGCGGUUCAAGAUCGCGUCGGACAUCCCUCGGCCGCCCUCUCGCAGGAACAGCGCCGAGCGACGGAGCAGCGUCGGCGGGCGGUCCAGCUGCGAGCGGACGGUGUCCCCGAAGUCGCUGGAGGACAGACUUCUGCCGCACGCCGAGGCCCGGAAUGAACCCGACGAGGACGAGCUAUUGCCCGGAAAGUGCGAAAAGGAAUCAUCUCUCUUUGCUCGGUUUAGAAUAUUUUCCGAACGUCUUUCCUCAGGUGACAGGGACAGAAACGCGAACGGCUCGGCCUCCCUUGGGCAAGGGCAGCAGCAGUACGCGACAUAAACACGGGGGGCUGCAUGGGGUGCUCAGACGAACUCGAAGUAAGUCGGAGCCCGGAAAAAACCGCUCCCUUAGAACGUUCCAUAUAUCCCGACCUAGAAUUAGCUUUGGGGUAAGUGGCCAGAAGCUGCCGAGUGAAGAAAACAUGAUAAGUGGGAAUGGGAAAGAGACGCCCAAGGGCAAAUGUAAAGGAUCGGCCACGGAUGAUGUUUUUUCGCCCAUUGAAAUCAAAACUUCUACCUCUUUUGAGCUUUUAGAACCAAAGAAAAAACAAUAUAUAUGCUCAGAUGCUCAACCAUCACCAACACUGUCAGAAAAGUGUGCACUCUCCUCAAACUCAUUCCUCAGGCACAAAGGGUUCAGCCUCUCACUCGAUGUUCUUCCCCGCAAAAACGGGCGCCCUCGCAAGUUGGCUGCAGGCGACCGGCAGACUCCAGAGAACACCCCCGGAGGCUCGGAGGAUGACCUGUUGGUUGAAACAGAGGGGUCUCAGCCAGACGGAGCCUCCCGACACAACCAACAGCAACCAAUGCUCAACCGCACCAAAGGAUGUAAGCCAUCAGACAAGUUACCUCUAGUUUACCAUGGUUCUCCUAAGAAUCAAAAGAAAAAGAACGAGUCCACCAGGUCCUUGUUAUUCAAGUCGUUUUCCUUUAAAAAGAGAUCGCCAUCGAAAGACGAUGGGAUGAAGCACAAAGAUAUUGACACCCAGAGUCCCUCUGAAGAGAAAUUAUGACACCCGGGGACAUGUUCUUGUAUAUGAAUAUUAGAAAGACUCCAGAUCUUUUAGCCACUGUGAAGGUAGGUCUGAUUAACAAAAAAAAAAAAAAAAAAAAAAAAAAACAUAUCAAGUUGUGUCACAUGAAAUUAUGUAGUGUCUUCCACAGUGGAUAUGAUUCUUUUAUCAUUCCCAAUACGCACUGGGAAGAAAAGAUUUUUUGGACCUGUGUUUUGACCAAUCACCGGGAGGUUCCAACGGCACAGUAUCACGUGUCUUCACUGUGAUUGGCUUUCUUGAUUCGCACAGGCACGCAUCUGGUAGAAAGAAAUUUCGAGUUACCCACACUGUCCCUUCGAGAAGUGAAUCAGACAGACGACUGAGUAAAAAGUAUAUGACUCAGGAAUAAGCCUUUUUUCUGCAUGGAGGACCCACGAGAUGUGUUCUGGAGACUGAUCCACUCCGAGAAAGAGUAUCGCUGGAACUUUCAUCGAAGGCAAAGACAAGACUUGAGUGUGUGGUCUUGGUUGGCUGUUAUCGCUCCAGAGAAAGAUUUUUUUUCGAACUGGCCUUACUUUGUGGUUGGGGCAUCAGUGCCAGCAGUAGUUUUUAUUCAUAGUUUUCUUUCUCUCCUUUUUAAAUAAGACAUAUGCCAUGUAAUGUAUGUGCCAAAAGUCUCAUAACUACCUAUUGAAAGUCAGUAUUUUUCCAAACUUUUGGAUACCUUGUAAAUAGACCAAUAGAGAUAUAAAUGACUAUGGAUAAGAUGUUUAUAUGUAGUUAAUAUAGAAAUCCUACAAAUCAGAAUACAUGUUACAUCCCUAGGACAUUUAUAGAUGUGUUUUUAUUCAUAUUAAAAGAUCAAUAUUUUUAUCAAAGUUUCCAAAGUGUAUAUAAUCCAGAUGUAAUCAUGUUUUCCAGUUCUUAAUACUUUAUUUUCUCUACCAAAGAUGAAUGUAAGGUGAGUUUCUUGCUAUGUGCUGCAGGUGGAAGCCACAGGAAAUCAAUGUGAUAUAGUUAAAUGCUUUGCUGGUGAGUUAGAUACCGACUGUUUAUAUACCGUGGUGCGUAAAAUGGGCUUUUAGAGUGAUUUAGAAGAAUGUCUUCAAAAUCGUGUGAACAAGAGAGUAUGUAUUCAUUAAUAGUCAUGGUCACAUACAUACUAUCUAUCUACUCUGUUGGUGGAUUGUCCACUUUAUAAUUGUAGAGAACAAAUGUUCGUAUAAGUUAAUGAAAUUUACAAGUAUAUAGAAUAACUGUGUCUCCCUCUACCUCUCAAGUGCUGGCAACCCAUGAAACAUUCUCAGCCCAUUUUGACUCUACACUGAAUGUCAUUAAGCUUGAUCAUGAUGUAGAGCAAAUGAAUGUUAUUUAUCGCUGUCCUGAGCCUCAGAAGAGGUGAGUUAGGUGAUGAAGCUGUGAAUGCAAGCCAAAAGAUUAUAUAUAUAUACGUGUAGAUAUAUAUACAUAUAUAUAUACAUAUGCUUGUGCUGUGAUUUUAGUAUGUAAAGGCUAGUAUUACUUUCCCCAAGUCAAAUUGAUAAAUGUACAUUUCAAAGAUUGUAUUAAGGCAGAAAGUUAGUGUUCUUUAGUACCAAGACCAUAUAAAGAAUUACUAUUUUACAGGAUUUUGUUAUGAUAAAGGCUAAUUUUUCUUGAAUGUUUAACUGUUUAGUAAUGUAGACGUAGGAGAAAUAUGGCUAAUUUAUGUGAUGUAACAAUUUUAUAAAAAAAAUAUAUAUAUAUAUAUUAUAAUAAUCCAAAUGUAUUACAGAAAAAGAAACGUUUAGAUUAUGACUUCAUGUUAAGGACAGGUAUAAAGUACCUCCCAAAGUAUAUCUAUAGUGUAACCAUGUAGAAGUGUAGCGUGUGUGUUUGGUGGCAUCAAGUGAUGUGCUGCAUCUUCAGGUAUGUAGCAUUUUGAGGAUAUGUGGCACUCACAGAUAUCUGUCAACAUCCUUUCCUGUAUGGCACCCGUCGGCAUCAUGUGGCAUCCUUUGAUUAUGUGGUGUACCUGGUAUACUGUGACAUCCACUUGUAGCAUGGAAGAAAAACUGAGCCCUUGAAAACAAUAUAAAGUGCUUGCUAAGGCCUAUGUUAGCUGUCUCCAUUGCUGGUACCAAGUAUUCUACGUGACUAGAUCGUGCGUGCCUUGGCUAGUGCAUGAGUGCUUGUUUGCAGUAAGAAAAAUCGGGGUGUUUGUAUUCUUUGUUUCUGUAAUUGCUAAUUAUUUUAUUCGUGCAGUUUCUAUUCUGAGAAAGUAAAUGCAUUAUUUUGUGACUAAAUAAACAUGAUUCGAUAAGCCUGCUACCUAUAUACUUUAUAUGUACAUUCACAAAAGAGUUCCAUCAAAGUAAGUUCUUGAUAUCAAAAGGAAAAGCAUCUGUAAUUAUUUUACUAUUAGGCUGGUAUAAGUGUACAUCAAGUAGCGUGUAAACGUUUGGUAGCGUCUGUGCAUGUAUUAAGGGAGGGUAUGCAGGGAUAACGUUUGGUAGCGUCUGUGCAUGUAUUAAGGGAGGGUAUGCAGGGAUAAAUGUGUUUAAUUCUUCCUGUGCAUGUGAGUGUAUUAUCUCCAGAUGUGUGUAGGAGAGAGAAAGA